CGGACUGUGUUCAAGGACGGAGACAUUUUUAUCCAGUAUAGCAAGUGCAUGGAGUUAUGCCUGAAUGUAGCCAGAACCUGGAAGACAGUUAAACUACCAGCUUGGAUGAAAAUUAACCGUCUCAAGUACUGAGGAACAAACAUGAACGUUUCUCAAUCCGAUCAUCUUUCCUUAUAAUUGGCAGCAAUAAAUCUAAGGCGUCUAUCUCCUGGUAUGUUGCUUUAAAUCCUUUUUGGAAGGGGAAGACAUAUAAAUUAACCACCAUCCGUUUCGCGCGUGUACAGAAAGUCCUUUCCAUCUCCAGAUUCCCUUCUUCCCUCUGCCCCUAGCUCCACCGCCUGCAGGAACACAGGGCUCAGCAACGGGCCCAAGCUACGAUUCCCGGAGCCAGACAUGUGCGCAGCGCCCCAAACAACUUGUCAAAAAGACGUCUGCAGAGAGACGUUCAGCGCUGUAGCCUUCCAGCGAGGCCACCAUGCAGACCCAGCUACGAAAGGCGUCCCCGAAGUCCUGGUGGUUUCUAUUUCCGGGUGCGUCUUCUGUCAUAAAGCCGAGACCUCUCUUCAAACGUGGCGUCGCAGGUUCUUAGCGCCUCGCCUGGAGCCAGCGAGCAAGGACGGGCGCGGGCGGGGAUACUCAAAGUCAACAGCUGAAGCCAGUCCUCGUGUCCCGGGCUCACACUGGCACGACUGCAUCCUCAGAGUCGGCUGGCUUUUGAGCGGUCACGAUUGGGGAGGAGGAGGAUUUCUCGUUCGCAGCACCAGGACUGCAGCUACAGAGGAUCGCGUUCCUUCCCAUACCUGCCCCCCAGUCACGCUCUGCCCUGAGGUGCAGCAGUUGACAAGUUACCCCCUUGCCCAUACCACUUCUACCCACGUCCGAGUUAGCUUUGUUCUUAACCUUUUUGAAACUCCCCUCCGCCUCCAGAACAGGUCUUUUUUCGCUAGUUCAUUUUUGCCCAUAAAAUUGAGUUUUGAGUUUUAGAUAUCAUACAGAAAGUUUACCUUUAAGACUGAGCACCCGUCUGAUACCCUUCCUCCCGAAAAAGUUCAUGCUCACGAGAGAGUUUGUGGGAAAAGCGAAAGCCAGUCAACACAGGAAACUAUGGCCGAGCACGGGGCUCACAUCACAACUGCUUCUGUGGCCGAUGACCAGCCAUCCAUCUUCGAGGUGGUAGCACAGGACAGUUUAAUGACAGCAGUGAGACCUGCUCUUCAGCAUGUGGUCAAGGUUCUUGCAGAAUCAAAUCCCACUCACUAUGGCUUCUUGUGGAGGUGGUUUGAUGAAAUCUUUACUCUGCUAGAUCUUCUGCUCCAGCAGCAUUACCUGUCUAGAACCAGUGCCUCAUUUUCUGAAAACUUUUAUGGCUUAAAGAGAAUUGUAAUGGGGGACACUCACAAGUCUCAGAGGUUGGCCAGUGCUGGCCUCCCAAAGCAGCAGCUUUGGAAAUCAAUUAUGUUCCUGGUUCUUCUUCCCUAUCUGAAAGUGAAGCUGGAGAAGUUGGUUGCUAGCCUGAGAGAAGAGGAUGAAUAUUCUAUUCAUCCUCCUUCUUCCCGCCGGAAACGAUUUUACAGAGCCUUUCUGGCAGCCUACCCAUUUGUUAACAUGGCCUGGGAAGGAUGGUUUCUUGUACAACAACUUCGAUAUAUCCUAGGAAAAGCUCACCAUCACUCACCACUGCUCAGGCUGGCUGGAGUUCGGCUAGGUCGACUGACAGUUCAGGAUAUACAUGCUCUGGAGCACAAACCAGCUGAAGCCAGCGUGAUGCAGCAACCAGUCAGGAGUGUUAGUGAGAAGAUAAAGUCAGCUCUGAAGAAAGCUGUGGGAGGUGUUGCCUUAUCCCUGUCUACUGGCCUUUCUGUGGGUGUAUUCUUCUUGCAGUUCCUUGACUGGUGGUACUCAUCUGAAAAUCAAGAAACCAUCAAGUCAUUGACUGCCCUGCCUACUCCACCACCACCUGUACACCUAGACUAUAACUCGGAUUCUCCUCUCCUACCCAAAAUGAAGACUGUGUGCCCACUGUGUCGUAAAACCAGGGUGAAUGAUACUGUUCUUGCCACUUCUGGCUAUGUGUUUUGUUACCGCUGUGUGUUUCAUUAUGUGAGGAGUCACCAAGCUUGUCCCAUCACAGGUUAUCCAACAGAAGUACAACAUCUGAUUAAACUCUACUCCCCUGAGAACUGAAAGGGAAUCGUGUCUUAUCCUCACAACAAAACUAUUGCACUGUAAUGCCACAGGGCUGCUUUCAGCAUGGCAUAUAGCAUUGAUACUUCUCAGCCUCAAU